CUGGCUGGCUGGCUGGCUGGCUAGUAUCUGGCGGUGUGGUGUGUGGUUGGACUGUGGUUGUGUUUCAGGUCGGGCCGUGUUGAUAAACGACACACUUUGGACGCAUUUCGUGUGGAGAGAUGGGAAUUCUGAAGAAAUGGCUCUGAAACGAGUUGCCAUAACGUUGCUGGCCCUGUGCGGGUUAGCGGCUGUCGGUGAUGCUCUGCGGUGUAACUGUACCAACUGUGAGAAGACGGGCUAUGAGUGCGAGACAGAUGGAGCCUGCAUGGCAUCCACUUACUACACCCAGGGAAAGGAGCAACAUGUACGCAUCUGCAUCAACCGGGAUAACUUGGUCCCUCCCGGGCAGCCCUUCUACUGUCUGAGUGCAGAGGGUCUGCUCAACACACACUGCUGCUAUGUAGACUACUGCAACAGUGUCGACCUCAAGGUCCCUGUCCCAACUAAGGAGGUGAACUGGUUGGGAAGCUCCUGGGGGCCAGUAGAGCUGGUGGCUGUGAUCGCAGGGCCAGUGUUCCUUCUGUGUGUGCUGCUGAUGGUAGGCGUAUUCCUGUUCCAGUAUCACCAGAGGGCCUAUAGCCACAGGCAGAGGCUCGAGGUAGAGGACCCAUCCUGUGACCAUCUCUACCUGGCCAAGGACAAAACCCUGCAGGAUCUCAUCUACGACAUGUCCACCUCUGGGUCAGGCUCCGGUUUGCCGCUGUUUGUGCAGCGGACAGUGGCCAGGACCAUUGUGUUGCAGGAAAUCAUCGGGAAGGGUCGUUUUGGUGAGGUGUGGCGAGGGAAGUGGAGGGGAGGAGACGUUGCGGUGAAGAUCUUCUCAUCGAGAGAAGAGCGCUCCUGGUUCCGGGAGGCUGAGAUCUACCAGACAAUCAUGCUGCGACAUGAAAACAUCCUGGGCUUCAUAGCAGCAGACAACAAAGACAAUGGGACAUGGACUCAGCUGUGGCUGGUGUCAGACUACCAUGAGCACGGCUCUCUUUUUGACUAUCUGAACCACUACUCCGUCACCAUCGAGGGCAUGAUCAAACUGGCACUGUCGGCUGCCAGUGGCCUGGCACACCUACACAUGGAGAUCCUCGGCACUCAGGGUAAGCCUGGCAUUGCUCACCGUGACCUCAAGUCUAAAAAUAUCCUAGUUAAGAAGAAUGGCAUGUGUGCCAUCGCUGACCUGGGCCUGGCAGUGCGCCACGAGUCCAUCACAGACACAAUCGACAUAGCACCGAACCAGCGCGUGGGCACUAAGAGGUAUAUGGCUCCAGAAGUCCUGGAUGAGACCAUCAACAUGAAACACUUUGACUCCUUCAAGUGUGCAGACAUCUACGCCCUGGGUCUGGUAUACUGGGAGAUUGCACGCCGCUGCAACGCUGGAGGUAUCCACGAAGAGUACCAGCUGCCCUACUUCGACCUGGUGCCCUCUGACCCGUCCAUAGAAGAGAUGAGGAAGGUGGUGUGUGACCAGAGACUGAGGCCCAACGUGCCCAACUGGUGGCAGAGCUAUGAGUCGCUGCGUGUGAUGGGCAAGAUCAUGAGGGAGUGCUGGUACGCCAACGGAGCAGCCAGACUGACGGCCCUGCGCAUCAAGAAGACUCUGUCCCAGCUCAGCGUGGAGGAGGACGUCAAGAUGUGAGCGGUCGGGCUAAAGCCAGGCGGCGAGGCUCGCUGAGAGACGCACAACCAGACCACACUCCCAUAGGAAACAAACACUAAAGACAGACUGCAAAUGAAAACCCUGCCAGUUUUAAAGCCACACUCCAAGUUGUGACAAGGCCUACCUCACCUUUUUAGCCAAAACUACUGAGAAUCACCCUCCUCUCCUCCUUGUCCUGCUCCCUCCUUCGUGUUUCCCCCCUGCCUCCUCCUCCUCCCCCUCCUCCCCAGCCCCUUCAACCCCCUUCUCCAUGGGCCACAACACUACAGCACUACCACUGUUAAUACCAUCACACUCAACGUUUUUUUUUUUUUUCUCUUCAUUUUCCAUGGCAGGAAUUAUUACUAUUGUACAGUGACAGGAUUUUUGUUUGAUAUUUUUUACCUCUUUGAAAUUGUCCUAUGAUGGACGAACCUUGUUCAGAGGAGUUAAGCAUGUUGUGGGUUUUGUUAAGUUAAAGAAAAACACAGAUAACUUAAUAUCCUGUUUUCCAUGCAACAUCACAUUCUGUUGCUGUGAGUGUAUGGGGAAAGAGGCUGAAGCACUGUUUUCCUAGAGUAUUUGUGUCGUAUGUGAAAGGCGGCAGACAUGUUGCCUGGACUGCUAGCACGUUUCAAAGAGACUACAGGCAUGCUGACGUGCUCUGGGGUCGGCUGUAGUUCAUUCAGCAAAAUCUGUUUUUGGACAUCUGGUUAAUUAAGCAUGAACAGACAGAUUGUUUGUCCCCCCACUUGAAUAGCUCCUAAACAGAAAUGAGUUUUACUCAAUUGUAGCUUCCUCAUCGUGUGUGAAACCUGCAGGGAUCGCGUGUUGGAUGCGGUCCACUUCUGAUGUUAGUUUGAAAUGUGGCAGGGAUAAUGUUUGGGAUGAUUUAUUUUUAUUUAUUUGUUGAUAGUUUUUAUUUCAUAUUGAUGAACACACUGUGAGAUGAGAUGUGACAAGCCAGUGUCUGAUAUGAUAAUUAAUGUUAGAGUUCAGUCCCAGUCUUCACCAUACUGUAGAAGUUAGAUUAGGGGUUAUUACAUUCAUUUAAUAAGAUACGCAAUUCAAAUAUGGAUGUUACCAUAACCUCACUGGUGAUAGGCAACGAUAUCAUGCACACUGAGCAAAUAAGAGGCGUAUGAAAUGGCAAUGGAAAAAAAAGUUUUUUAAAUAUAUUUUUGUGUUUUGUGUAAAGACAACAUGAUGGGUGUUUUCUUUUGAAUUUUACAUUAGACACUACUGAUGAUGGGUACAUAUGAUUUGUAUAUAAAAUAUGCAUUUUUCCUUUUAUGCCACAAGCACCAGUUUGAUGUUUGAACAGUGACUUUGCUUGAAUGGUACUCUCAGAGGUCUGUUGUUCGAUCUGUCUGUAUGGUUUCUAACUGUGCCAGGAAACGGACUGUCAUCUGCUGGAUUUUAUUGUUCACUUGCUACUUUUCUAGCAGUUUGGUGGUACUACUGAUCCCAAUUAAUUUUGCUGCAACUACUUUUUUUUUUUUUAACAUAUAUAAUUGUUGCAAUUGCCUGAGUUCUUUUCAGAGCUCAGUAAACCACAUCUGUUUGUAUGUGCUCUCUCGGGUGGCAUCUCCUUUUUUGUUGACACUGGAAUAUUUAGGAGCGUCAUUUAACCUUGAAUUCUAAUAUUGCCAAUGGCUGUUUAUUCAGAAAUAAAGACAAAUUCUGACAACUGGAUCGGGGCAAACGCAUUGUUGGAUGUGAAAUGUGAUUCAGAGCUUUGCCCUUCGAAGAUUGACACGCUGUAAUGUGAAACUAUGAUUUUGUGUGACGCGAAUCGAGUUGUGUUUGCAGACAGGAUUAUGAAAGUAUUACACUGUCAGUUUGUCAUCCUUGGGCUCUGCACUGUUAUGUCCACAUGGACUUGGGUUAAUGUUAGCAUUAUGUAAUGGUUAUUAACACUUAAACCAGGGGCUGUACAACCAGAAUCAUGUCAUGGUAGUACCUUGUUAUGCAUGCUGUCUCAAACACUGGGCCCUCAGUCUCCACUGAGGGGGUGAAUUACAGUAGAUGAACUUAGACAUGUCUUUUCUUCUGCCUGUUGUCUUACUGUUUUUUUUUUUUUUUUUUUUUUAAAUAAGUAAUUUCCUUUAUAUUUGGAUCGUUGAGCGUGUACACCCCCAAAAUGUUGCUGCUACUGUAACAUGGGUAGAAAUUCAGCAGGCGGAGCUAGGAGAGCAAUGGGAGACUGUUGUCAGGUGAACCAAAAUGUCAAAUAUUCCUGUCCAUGUUGGUUUGUUGCCAUGGGUAUUUUACCAUCAGAUGUCCUGUUCAUAAGUGAUACUUCAAGAUUUCAAAAUUCAUGUCAUGCAAAUCUUUUCAGAGUUAGUUCAAAGGUGUACAUAUAUAAUAAAUACCUUUUUUCUUA